AUGGCCCCCAGACAGAACGACCAGAUGGACGUCGACUCAGACUCAGACAUUUCCAUAGAUUUAGAACAUCACAAUAAGUCUAAAGGAAAAGGUAAAACAAAGGUCGGAGAUAAAAGAAAGCAGGAUAAAGGAAAGGGAAAAGCUAAGGACACGCAAGCUUAUACGUGGGAGGCAUCGUUCACUCGGUCGUGGGAAACCGUACAGGAGGACGAGGCUGGGACUUUGCAAACAACUGUUGAAGACCUUUUGGCAAGAGGAAGAAGAAGAAGGCUCUUAGCGCCUGCAGCCGCGAUACGGCGCACUAUUAUUCGGCACCUCAUUCUAAUUCUUGAUCUAUCUUCUGCCAUGAUGGAUAGGGAUAUGAGGCCAACUCGCUUUGAUCUUAUGCUUCAAUAUGCACGCGAAUUCAUAACAGAAUGGUUUGAUCAAAACCCUUUAGGCCAAAUUGGAGUAGUGGGGAUGAGGGCAGGUUUAGGGGAGCGAGUAGGAGAAAUGUCAGGUAACCCCCAGGAAGUGCUUAAAUCAAUAGCAGAUCGACAUAAGCUUGAGCCAGCAGGCGAACCUAGUCUUCAGAAUGCCAUUGAAAUGGCACGGGGCAGUAUGAAUCAUCUACCAACGCAUUCAUCGCGAGAAAUCCUUCUAGUUUUUGGAUCAUUGACUACAUGCGACCCUGGCAAUAUUCAUGACACUUUGGAUGAAUGCAUCAAGAACAAAGUUCGCAUUUCAAUUGUGGCUAUAGCGGCAGAGAUGAAAAUAUGCCGCGACCUUUGUGAUAAAACAGGCGGCCAAUUCGGGGUAGCCAUGAAUGAAGGACAUUUCAAAGACCUUCUUUUUGAGUUAGUUCCCCCACCUGCCCAGCGUGCCAUUAGUCGCGCCGCGGGUGCUGGUGCCACCAACCCUGCCGCCGACCUCAUGAUGAUGGGCUUCCCCACACGUCUGCCUGAUGCAUCUCCACCCAGCCUGUGUGUCUGUCACUCUGAAAUGAAAAGUCAAGGAUUUUUGUGUCCACGAUGCAUGUCCAAAGUAUGCGAUGUCCCAACGGAUUGUGACAUCUGCGGGCUCAUGAUUGUCAGCUCGCCUCAUUUGGCUCGAAGUUAUCAUCAUCUUUUUCCUGUCAAACCAUACGAUGCUGUGUAA